AUGGAGAGUAAAUAUGUUUUGUCGGCUAGUUCUAGUUCGAAAAAAAGUGAUGGAGGAUCGAGAAGUGGCACUAGUGGUGGUGGUACCGCGGGCGGUGGAGGAGCAGGUAAAGGUCCAGCUAAAAUCAAUGUUUCCGAUAUGGAUACUCUGCUAAAUACCGUGCCAAGAGUCUCUUCAGGUUCAGUGCCUACCUCUUUCAAGAAACCAACUGCACCAAAACCUAAAUCCUCCUCGGGAGGAUCACAUCACGUGCCAACGCAAUCCGAUGAGAGUGCCAUGAGAAUGGUGUUUGGAUCGGCACGUGUCCCUGACGCCAUGGAAGUGCGCUUCCAAGAGAUUGGAGGAGAUCAAGUUGACUUUCCAGCCAUUCGUGCAAGUGAGUGUGUAGAUCUUUUGUUCUUGUUGGAUUGCACUGGAUCGAUGGAGCCGUAUAUCAAUCAGGUCAAAGAAGACAUUGUUAAACUUCAUGAAAUAUUGAAGAGUAAACAUGUCAAUCUCGAUAUGAUGUUUGGAUUCAUCAGAUACACUGAUUUCGAUAUGGGUGCUAAUAGAACAUCGGUUUUUAAGUUCACAAGAUCAACAAGUGAAUCUUCAUCCUCAUCCUCAUCAUCCUCUUCAUCGAAAGGAACAACAACAACCACAACCACUACAACACCAUAUAAAUCUUACUCUUUAAGCGCAUCGUCAUAUGCAAGAUAG